GGUGGCAUCCUCGUGGGCUCCGGUCACACUGUCUCUGGGAUCAAUAAGUUUACUUUUCUUCUUUUGCCCUGUUUUUAUUUUCCUCCGCUUCGCGUUCGCUGGUGAUUCCGCUGGGGGCAUUACAUCAUUGGAGGGUGAGGAUCCGAAUCCAGAUCCGCUUAGCCCGACCAGACGCGACGCGAUGAUGGAACAGCGCCUCGAGCUGGAGAGCGUUCGCUUGGCGACCUUCGGGGAAUGGCCCCUGAACGCCCCAGUAUCCGCCGAGGACUUGGUGGUCAAUGGAUUCUUUGCCACGGGCAACUGGCUGGAGGCAGAGUGCCACUUCUGCCACGUGCGCAUCGACCGCUGGGAAUACGGCGACCAGGUGGCAGAACGCCAUCGUCGCUCGUCGCCCAUUUGCUCCAUGGUGCUGGCCCCGAAUCACUGCGGAAAUGUCCCUAGAAGCCAGGAGAAUGACCAGGAGGGCAACAGCAUGGUGGACAGCCCGACGUCCUGCGCAUGUCCCGAUCUCUUGAUCGAAGCCAACCGCCUGGAGACCUUUAAGGACUGGCCGAAUCCCAACAUCACACCGCAGGCUCUGGCCAAAGCUGGCUUUUAUUACCUGAACCGCCUAGAUCACGUUAAAUGCGUAUGGUGCAACGGAGUGAUUGCCAAGUGGGAGAAGAACGACAACGCCUUCGACGAGCACCGGCGCUUCUUUCCGCAAUGUCCCCGGGUGCAAAUGGGUCCGCUUAUCGAGUUUGCCGCGGGCAAAAACCUAGACGAACUGGGCAUCCAACCCACCACCCUGCCGCAGCGUCCGAAGUACGCCUGCGUGGACGCCAGAAUGAGAACCUUCUCCGAUUGGCCCAUCGCCAAUAUCCAGCCCGCAAAUGCCCUGGCCCAAGCUGGCUUGUACUACCAGAAGAUUGGGGACCAGGUGCGUUGUUUCCACUGCAACAUUGGUCUGCGCUCCUGGCAAAAGGAGGAUGAGCCCUGGCACGAACACGCCAAGUGGUCACCCAAGUGCCAGUUUGUGCUGCUGGCCAAGGGUCCGGCAUAUGUGAACGAAGUGCUGGAGACCGCGGCAGCCAACGCCAGAUCUCCGCCAGCAACGGCUCCUGCUCCAUCCCUCCAGGCGGACGCACUGAUGGACGAGGCGCCGGCCAAGGAGGCCCUGGCCUUGGGCAUCGAUGGAGGAGUGGUGCGCAACGCCAUCCAACGCAAGCUCUCGAAUUCCGGCUGCGCUUUCGCCACGCUGGACGAACUGCUGCAUGCCAUCUUCGACGAGGCGGGCGCUGAAGCUGCCCUGGAGGUGCGAGAGCCUCCGCAGCCAAGUGCACCCUUCCUGGAAACAUGUCAGGCCACCACCAGCAAGGCAGCAGCAGCCGAGCCAGUAUCAGAUUCCAUCCCGGCCAACCAUGAAGCAACGCCAGUUGCGGAAACCACAAAGAUCGCGGAACAGCUGCAAAAGAUGUCGGUCGCAGCGCCCAAUGGGAAUUUGUCGCUGGAGGAGGAAAACCGCCAGCUGAAGGAUGCGCGCCUGUGCAAGGUGUGCCUGGACGAGGAGGUGGGCGUGGUGUUCCUGCCCUGCGGCCAUUUGGCCACCUGCAACCAGUGCGCUCCCAGCGUGGCCAAUUGCCCCAUGUGCCGAGCCGACAUAAAGGGUUUUGUGCGCACUUUCCUCUCGUGAAGCGGACACCAUACCGAGUUUAUCAGCUAGUUUUUAAGUGAAACGAUUGAAUGCACCCACACAAACCACUACAGCGAAGUUCAAAUAAUCCGGUGAUUAGCUAAUGGAAUACCUUUAAUCGUCUACUAAGUACUUGGCCAACUGCAGCUAUGUGUUUUUACUUUAGCUACGGUUGUCAGCUCAGCUGUCGUUACUAACUAUCGCCUUCUAGACCAGACAUUAUACGACUAGACAGCUCUCUAUUUCACACUGAAAAAGGAAAGGGUAUCAAUGUAUCGGCACGACCGCAGAGCACUUAUUUCUUGUUAUCGUACUCGUAUUAACACAUGUAUGUAUUUUUGUUGAUCAUGUUUAAAAGCCGCUGAUAGUAGGUCUACACACAACUAAAUGCAACUGCGAAAUAUGAAUAUACUAGUAAACCCAGCGAA